CAAGGCUGUAGCGGGAAGUGCGCCGUACGGCCCCGGGAAAGCCGAGCGUCGGCAUGCCUCGGUACGCGCAGCUGGUCAUGGGCCCCGCCGGCAGCGGGAAGAGCACUUACUGUGCCACCAUGGUCCAGCACUGUGAAGCCCUCAACCGGUCCGUCCAGGUUGUCAACCUAGAUCCGGCAGCCGAACACUUCAGCUACCCGGUGAUGGCUGACAUUCGGGAACUGAUUGAGGUGGACGAUGUGAUGGAGGACGAUUCUUUGCGGUUUGGUCCCAAUGGAGGAUUGGUGUUUUGCAUGGAGUACUUUGCCAAUAAUUUUGACUGGCUGGAGAACUGUCUUGGCCACGUAGAGGAUGACUACAUCCUUUUUGACUGUCCGGGUCAGAUCGAGCUGUACACUCACCUGCCUGUGAUGAAGCAGCUGGUGCAGCAGCUGGAGCAGUGGGAGUUCCGAGUCUGCGGAGUUUUUCUUGUUGAUUCUCAGUUCAUGGUGGAGUCAUUCAAGUUUAUAUCCGGCAUCUUGGCAGCCCUGAGUGCCAUGAUCUCUCUAGAAAUUCCGCAAAUUAACAUCAUGACAAAAAUGGAUCUGCUGAGUAAGAAAGCUAAAAAGGAAAUUGAGAAGUUUCUAGAUCCAGACAUGUAUUCUUUGCUAGAAGAUUCUACAAGUGAUUUAAGAAGCAAAAAAUUCAAAAAAUUGACUAAUGCUAUAUGUGGACUGAUAGACGACUACAGCAUGGUUCGAUUUUUACCGUACGAUCAGUCAGAUGAAGAAAGCAUGAACAUUGUGUUACAGCAUAUUGAUUUUGCCAUUCAGUAUGGUGAAGACUUGGAAUUUAAGGAACCUAAGGAACAGGACGUUGAGUCUGCCUCUUUGUUUGAUGAAUAUUUUCAAGAACGCCAGAAUGAAUGAAGAGCUUGCUAAAACCUGACUCUAAUGUGUGAAGAACUGGUCAGAUGGGCCGACAUUCUUCUCCUUGAAGGAUACAGCAGUAGAAAGCUAUUUAUUUUCAUGGAAAAAAUGGUACGGCAGCAUGCCUGAAUCAGGUUCUGAAACUGCUGCCGUGUAAAGUGAAACCUUUUAGUAUUAUUUUCACAGCAUCACAUUAGAUUUUAAAAGUCAGAUGGGGGCCAGUGUUGUGGGACGGCAGGUUAAGCUGCUGCCUGUGAUGUUGGCAUCCUGUGUGAGCACCGGUUCAAAUCCUGGCUGCUCCACUUCUGAUCCAGCUCCCUGCUAAUGCACCUGGGAGAGCAGCAGAGGAUAGGCCAAAGUUUUCCGGCCCCUGCCGCCCACAUAGGAGACCUGGAUGGAGUUCCAGGCCCCUAGCUUUGCCCUGGCCCAACUCAGCUGCUGCUGCCAUUUGGGGACUGAACCAGCAGAUAGAAGAUUGUCUCUCCUCCCCUCCCCCCCCCCCCGUUUGUCUCUGUAACUCUCUUUCAAAUAAAUACAUAAAUCUUUAAUAAAUUAAUAAAAGUAAAUGGAAACCAA